AUGAUCCGCCCAACCACCCCCUCCAACCAGCCCCAGCUGUCCACUCCGCCCCGCUCGACAACCUUUCCCACCAAACCCGCUCAUAGACACCACAUUCCGCACCACCCCCACCGCGUCCACCACCAACACCACGACAAAAGCGUCCCCCAAUCCGCAAUCCUUCCCGCUACCUCAAACCCAUUCGGUGACUUUCUGUCCAAGACAAACAGUAGGAUAGACGGCAGGGUAGAUGACGGCAAGAGCCCCUCGAGAGGACCGGAGCAGCCGCAGGUUAAUGAGAGGGCGAGUGAAGUGAAGGAGGCGGAGAGGGAGAGGGAGCGGGAGAGGGACGCGUGGAAGGAGGUGGAGAGGUUGAGGGUGAGGAGGAACGCUGCUGAUGAUGAUCUCCGAACCCGCCUCACCACCCUCUCGACCCUGUCGACUACGACGACCCGCCGCCUAGAUUACACUUACUACUCCCUCCUCUCCUCAACCUCCUCUCUCGCCUCCGCAGUCUCCUCCCUAUCGUCGCUCUCCACCCAAACCUCGGCCCUCCAAACGCGCUUCACGUCUUUGAGCUCCUCCCUCACCUCGGAAAUAACAACUCAAAUCUCCUCCUCUGACAAGUCUUUUGACGCUCAAGCUGGUCGUAUCUCUCAGUUGGAAAUACGUAUAAAGGAGGGAAGGGAGAAAGUAGGGACGUUGGGAGAGAGGCUACAUGGAGUGAGAGAGAAAGUCGAGAGGAGCUCACUGCAAGAUAGGGAAUCGAGACGGAUAAUUGGCAGGAGGUUGAAGAUGCUGUGGGGGGCAUUGGGACUCCUGAUUGGGUUACUCUUGAUAUUGACGGCGACCAGGCAAUGGCGACGGGACAAAUAUGUCAUGACGGAUGAGGUUGUGCAUUUGCGAAAUCGGAGGGAGGUGUUUGAGGACGUGGUGGGCAUCCGCCAGGGAAAAUGGGAGCAGAGAAGAGAAAGGCAACGAGAUGAGGAGGGUUGGAGGCCAGGUGGGCAGACGAAGAAAAGAGUGGAGGACACGACCGCGAGGAGUUCGGCUGUGGACGCAGACGCCACGUUACGACUUUUUGACGAGUUAUGA